AUGGAAGCGCCCGAAACGGUCUCAGAAGGCCUCGUCCAGGUGAGCAGCCGCUCUCUGGACGGGAAGCCGCUGUUUUACAACCCUCCGCAAGUAUUUAAUCGCGAUAUUUCACUUAUAGUGUUGAAAACAUUUGUGGAAUCCGAGAAGGAACGCGCGAAAGAAUGCCGCUCAUCAACAGGCGAAAGCAGAGUGGGAGCGUUUGUGGGUGUCAACGUUCUCGAGAUGCUUGCAGCAACUGGGAUCAGGAGCAUUCGUUACCUGAAGGAGUUGGGGGAAUACAUUAACCACGUUUACAUCAAUGACCUGGAUCACAACUCCGCCAGUGCAAUCGCAAAAAAUUGCGACUUUAACGGAAUCCCGCCGUCUAAGUAUCGCGCCAUAUGCGCCGACGGCAACCAGUUGGCGCAGAUGCUGACCCCGCCCGCCGACAUCCUGCGCCUCAUGCUGAUGAACGGCAACAUCCAGAAGAUUCCCUGCGGUUUCGUCCCCUCGAAAACUUUCAGUGCAAUAGAUGCAUACAACAGUACGGUUGAGAAGUUUCUGGCUGUUAUUGCUGCUAGUGAAUGCAGUGAGGACGUAACCCGAUAUCGCAAUGUCAUCGACGUCAUUGAUAUUGACCCCUACUCCACAGCCACGGUUUUCCUCGAUUCGGCGGUUCGCUGCGUGAAGAGUGGAGGAAUGUUGAUGGUGACCUCCACGGACAUGCCGACGCUUUGCGGCAACAACCCAUUGGUGUCGUUUUACAAGUACGGGGGUUCGAGCAUCAAGGCCACCUUUUGCCACGAGCUUUCGCUCAGGAUUCUUCUUUACACUGUAAUGACUACAGCUGCAAAAUACCAGCGUGUGGUGGAACCUUUGAUUUCAUGCAGUGCGGACUUUUACGUCAGGGUGUUCGUGCGGGUCAGCAACAACGUGCAGCAGUGCAAGCACCUCAGUGAAAACUGUGCGCUGCUCCUCAUCUGCGCGCAGUGCGACUCCUUCCGGCUGAUGAAAUUAGGGGAAUACAGUGAACCCAAGCAGCGGCCGGCGUCAGUUCCGGGCGACCUCCGUGGCACUUGCGAGGAGUGCAACGGACGUUUGAAAAUCGGCGGACCGCUCUACGUAGGGCCCAUUCACAACAAGCAAUUCGUAUCGUCAGCACUAAAGAAUGCCACUGAUGCGCAUGAAUCGCUGCCUGGGGUGACCCAAAAUGCAAAAAUCAUUGGAAUCUUAACGGCCAUUUCAGAGGAGCUUGAAGAUGCACCGCUGCACUACAGCAUUCCGUGUCUGUGCCAAAAAUGGAACCUGACUACGAUUAGUCCGUCAGCGUUUAAGGCAUGCCUCGAGAAGUUGGGCUACAGGGCGUCGCACUUCCACCGCGACCCGCAGUCGCUGAAGACGGAUGCACCUAACAAGGUUGUCAUGGAUAUUUUACGUCACCACGCCAUCGAACAGAAGAAGGUGGGGUCGCACGAAUUCUUCAAGACGCCCAUUCAAACGGAGGGGAUCGAUCUCACGCCGCCAGAAACUUCGAAUCGCAUUGCGGUUGCCCGUUGGCUGAAUAACCCCAGUAAAUACUGGGGACCGAAGAAGAUGCAUCGGCAAGUUGCCACCUCACGCGCUGUGGACACAGACAGGCCUGCUGAUAACGCCAAUAAUGCGUAG